GAAUGAUGAGGUUUUUUUUUUACUUUUUCAAAAUGCUUCCUUAUGGAACUGAUUGACAGAAUGGAGAGAAGAGCAGAGUAUAUAAGGAGACUGAACUCCUAUUCCAAGCCACUCUAGACAAGGCUCCCCAGAAAUUGCAUUUACCCUGUCAGGAAAACUUUUGACUUUGAACUUCAAUUCAUGGUCACGUCUGUGCACUUUAUUACGGAUAUUUGGCUUGGGCUAUAUACAAGGCAGUAAAGUUUUACUCGACUUUUAUUUUUAUCAGGAGUUAUGCUACAGAGAAAAUUAUUGUUGCUACACCUCUUGUUAUCAUUUAGUGUUUCUAUCUACGGUCAAGAUGAAGAGAAAGAAGAUGAAACUAAUUUUGAUUUAUUCGAAAUAAGUAACAUAAAUAAAAGGACAAUUGGAGCUAAAAUAUUUCGUGGACAUGAAUCCAGCUCUCCGGCAUACCGUUUCCUUCGUUUUGAUCACAUCCCUCCAAUUAAUAAUGAGAAGAUGAAGCAGAUAAUUGAGCUGAUGCAGCAAAAUGAAGGCUUUAUUCUUACAGCCACAUUAAAACAAGACAAGAAUAAUAGGGGGACUAUAAUUUCCAUUGAAGGUCCUGGUAUCUCCAACAGACUCUUUGAGCUAGUUUCUAAUGGACGAGCCAAUACUUUGGAUCUAAUUUAUUGGGUUGAUGGAUCUCAAAAUGUUAUAUCCUUGGAGGAUGUUGACCUGGCAGACUCACACUGGAAGAACAUUACAGUUCAGUUGUUGGGUGAAAACUUUAACCUUUAUGUUGGCUGUGAUCUGAUAGACAGCUUCCAAUUAGAGGAAACAUUUUAUGAGCAUCUAAAGGAUGAUAACAUCAAGAUGUUUUUAGCCAAGGGUUCAAUACGUGAAAACCACUUUAGGGGACUGCUUCAAGAUGUGAGACUAAUUUUUGAUGUUUCAGUUGAAGAUGUUUUGAGAAAGAAAGGUUGUCAGCUUACCCACACAGGUGAAGUCAAUGCCAUCAGUGAAAAAACAGAAAUUCUUCACCUCUCUCCUAUGACUAUGACUGAAUAUGUUGGCCAGAAGAUAGACAAGCAGGUUGAUUUUUGUGACCAUUCUUGUGAUGAAUUGGGAAAUAUGUUCACUGAGCUGACCAGGCUACGCAUUCUUGUAAACAACCUUCUAGAUAACCUUCAAAAAGUGUCUGAAGAGAAUCAAGUGUUGUGGGAACUGAUUGGGCCCAAUAAAACGCUAAAGAACCAGUCAAUGUGCUGGCAAGAUGGACGUCUUUUUGCAGAUAAUGAAGACUGGAUUGUGGACAGCUGCACAAAAUGCACUUGUCAGAAUUCAAAAACAGUUUGUCAACAAAUUACUUGCCCUCCAGUGCAUUGUGCCAGCCCAACUUUCAAUGAAGGAGAGUGUUGCCCUAUGUGCUUCCCAAUGGAUAGUGAAGCUGGCUGGUCUCCAUGGUCUGAGUGGACAGAAUGUUCUGUGACUUGUGGCUCUGGAACACAGCAACGAGGAAGAUCCUGUGAUGCCACCAGCAGCAGUUGUGAAGGUUCAUCUAUCCAAACUAGGACAUGUAAUCUGGGAAAGUGUGACAACCGCAUACGUCAGGAUGGUGGUUGGAGUCAUUGGUCACCUUGGUCAGCAUGUUCUGUCACCUGUGGAAUUGGCAAUAUCACGCGUAUUCGGUUAUGUAACUCCCCUAAGCCACAGCUAGGUGGGAAAAACUGCACAGGAGCUGGACGCGAAACAAAGCAAUGUGAAGGAAUCCCAUGCCCAAUAAAUGGGAAAUGGGGACCCUGGUCACCUUGGUCCAGCUGUACUGUCACAUGUGGUGGAGGUCUGCGAGAGAGAUCACGUCUGUGUAAUAACCCCAAACCACAGUAUGGUGGAAAGAAGUGUGGCGGUGAGCCUAAAGAAAAGGAGAUGUGCAAUAAGCAGGACUGCCCUAUUGAUGGGUGUUUGUCUAAUCCCUGCUUUCCUGGAGCUGAGUGCAAUAGCUACCCUGAUGGAUCGUGGUCGUGUGGAGCAUGCCCUGUUGGUUUUGUUGGCAAUGGGACGUUCUGUGAAGAUAUAGAUGAGUGUGUCCUGGUAUCAGAUACCUGCUUCAGACUGGGGGGAGUUCAUCGCUGUGUGAAUACAGAUCCAGGCUAUCAUUGCUUGCCGUGCCCACCACGUUACAAAGGUACCCAGCCUUUUGGUGUGGGCAUUGAAGUAGCCAAAAAGGACAAACAAGAAUGUGAACCUGUAAAUCCAUGCAAGGAUAAAAGUCACAACUGCCACAAAUAUGCAGAAUGUAUAUACAUUGGCCACUUUAGUGACCCUUCCUACAAAUGUGAAUGCCGAACAGGAUAUGCUGGCGAUGGUAUUAUCUGUGGAGAAGACUCAGAUUUAGAUGGAUGGCCCAAUAAUAACUUGGUCUGCGCUGCCAAUGCCACUUACCAUUGUGUUAAAGAUAAUUGCCCUCUCCUGCCAAAUUCAGGGCAAGAGGACUUUGAUAAGGAUGGAGUUGGUGAUGCUUGUGACAAAGAUGAUGACAAUGAUGGCGUAGAUGAUGAAAAGGACAAUUGUCCCCUGCUUUAUAACCCACGUCAGUUUGACUAUGACAAAGAUGAAGUUGGUGAUCGCUGUGAUAAUUGUGUCUAUGUGCACAAUCCAGCCCAGAUUGACACAGACAAUAAUGGAGAGGGAGAUGCAUGUGCUGCAGAUAUUGAUGGUGAUGAUAUCUUGAAUGAGCUUGAUAAUUGCCCAUAUGUCUACAAUACCGACCAGAAAGAUACUGAUAAGGAUGGUGUUGGUGACCAAUGUGACAACUGUCCAUUAAUGCACAAUCCAGACCAGACUGAUGUGGAUAAUGAUUUAGUUGGUGACCAAUGCGAUAACAAUGAAGACAUUGAUGAAGAUGGUUACCAGAACAAUUUGGACAAUUGCCCUUACAUUCCUAAUGCAAACCAAGCUGACCAUGAUAAGGAUGGUAGAGGGGACGCAUGUGAUUCGGAUGAUGACAAUGAUGGUGUUCCUGAUGACCGAGACAACUGUCGACUUGUUUAUAAUCCUGACCAAAAGGACUCUGAUGGUGAUGGUCGGGGUGAUGCUUGCAAGGAUGACUUUGAUAAUGACAGCAUACCAGAUAUACUUGAUGUGUGCCCUGAAAACAGUGACAUUAGCGAAACUGACUUCAGGAAAUUUCAGAUGGUACCUCUGGAUCCAAAGGGAACUGCACAGAUUGAUCCCAACUGGGUGAUUCGCCACCAGGGCAAAGAACUGGUACAGACAGCCAACUCAGAUCCUGGCAUAGCUGUAGGUUUUGAUGAAUUCAGCGCAGUUGACUUCAGUGGUACAUUUUAUGUGAACACAGACCGUGAUGAUGACUAUGCAGGCUUUGUAUUUGGCUACCAAUCCAGCAGCAGGUUCUAUGUUCUCAUGUGGAAGCAGGUCACUCAGACAUACUGGGAGGACAAACCAUCUAGGGCUUAUGGGUAUUCUGGUGUGUCUGUCAAGGUUGUAAACUCCACUACAGGAACUGGGGAGCACUUAAGAAAUGCCCUCUGGCAUACUGGGAAUACACCAGGAGAGGUAAGAACCUUGUGGCAUGAUCCCAAAAAUGUUGGCUGGAAAGAUUAUACUGCUUACAGAUGGCAUCUGACUCACAGACCUAAGACUGGUUUUAUAAGAGUUGUAGUAUAUGAAGGGAAGCAGAUCAUGGCGGACUCAGGCCCUCUUUAUGACAAGACAUAUGCUGGUGGACGACUGGGCCUCUUUGUUUUCUCUCAAGAAAUGGUUUACUUCUCUGAUCUUAAAUAUGAAUGUAAAGAUUUCUAAAAUCUCAUUCAUGCCAUAUGUGGAAUGUACUGUAGAUCCUGAGUGACCAAGACACCUCAGCUCACCCUGGUAUUUCCAGACUUCAUUCGAUUUACCUCUACAGGGAGAGCAACACCUCAUGUACUCUCUGAGAUGGAAACAGAGCAGAUGAUGAUUAGGAGCAUCAUACACAGAGAAGAGAUACAAAUGCAUCAUGAGAGCUGUUGAGUUAAUGAAUCCGUAAUAUAGUGAUUUGUACAUUCUCUACUGAUGCAACUUUAAUAUUACUUAAGAUAGGGAUAUUAUAUAUAUAUAUAUAUAAAAGUCCACACGACAGCACCACACUCCGAAAGUUGCUGCAAUGUAGCUGCCC